AUGAAUCCGAAGACUUCGAGUGAGUUGAAAGAUGAAUCCGAAGACUUCGAGAAAGCUGAUCUGACUCUUCGGGUUUCAAGUGCGUGCUUUCAACCGCUUUUCGGGCAGACUGCAAAUAUCUUCGGUCGACGAUGGUUGAUGAUCGGCGCGGUGGCUUUUUUCGUACUUGGCAGCGGCAUAAGCGGCGGUGCUAUCAACUCUGCCAUGAUGGUUGCUGGGCGAGCGAUUCAGGGCAUUGGUGGGGGAGGUAUCAACGUCCUGAUCGAGCUGAUCGUCAGCGAUUUGGUCCCAUUGCGCGAACGAGGAAACUUCAUGGCCAUGAUCUUCGCGGUAUUCUCUAUUGGAACAUCCCUUGGUCCGUUCGUCGGUGGUGCUCUAGUACAACACAGCUCCUGGCGAUGGGUCUUCUAUCUGAAUCUCCCAAUUGGAGGAACGGCGCUCGUCCGUUUGUUCUUUUUCUUACACGUCAACUACAAACAAGAGCCCUGGGAGGAAAAGAUCAAGAAGAUCGAUUAUUUCGGCAAUGCACUACUAAUGACGUCCAUCGUCUCUAUCCUACUAGCCCUCACCUGGGCCGGAUUUGUUGGCAUGAUCAUAUUCCACAUUUACGAGGCCAGCCCUUGGUACCCAGAGCCCAUGAUGCCACCGCGUAUUUUCGGCAACCGCACCUCAUUCGCCGCUCUGAUCUUGUCCUUCAUCCACAACAUGCUCACCUUCUGGGUGGUCUAUUUUAUGCCUGUGUACUUCCAGUCAGUGAAGCUCUCUACCUCGACCCGUGCUGGUGUGCAGUUUUUGCCUACCGGCUUCUAUAAGCCCAUUCACAUCUUUGGAAUGGGUCUGUCCCUUGUGGGCCUGGGGCUCUUCACACUCCUUGACGCAGACUCAAGCGAUGGAAAGUGGAUCGUCUAUCAAAUUAUCACCGCCAUAGGUCUGGACUCUUCUGUUGCUGCACAGCUAGGAGGUGGAGAGGCAUACUCUCAUGUAUCCGCAAAUUUCAUCCGGUCCCUUGAGCCGCAAGUUCGCGACGAGGUGAUGAGUGUGUACUCUGAUACUCUGAAGCUGGUUUGGCAAGUGUCUCUGGGCUUUGCUGCUCUAGGAUUCAUCGUCAUCUGGUUUGAAAGGCAGAUCAAGCUGCGCACCGAGUUAGAAACAGAGUAUGGAAUCCAGGUCCCGAAAGAGGACAAGGACAACAAGGAAGCUGUUGAGGCAUAG